AUGGCUGAGUGUGUGGCGGGAGUAACUCUCAAAAUUUUUCUCCUUCUUUUCACUGGCUUGCUUGGUAAUUGCUUUGCUAAACUAAACGUGUUCCUUGAUGCUCGGGAGGUGUCGCGUUUUCUUUACGGUAAGUAAUACUUAUGAGUAAACACAACUACAUGUCUCAGUUUAGUAUGGCAUUCGUGCACUCGUUUUUGAGCCAGGCUUCCGACGCUGGACUUCGUUGAGAUUGUCACUUGAAAACCAAGAACAGUAUCAAUAAUGAAAAGUGAUGUACAUACAUAUAACACGAGAAAGAAGUAUGAAAAUCAAAUUACAGUUUUUUUCGCUGUUUGCUGCCAAUUUUCUGUAUAUUUUUCUUAGCCAACUCUGACAAACUCGAGUCUGGAAACCUCGUUGAUUAUAUAACCAGGUGCCCGCGUUCCUAUAAUCAGUUGGAUAACCCUACUAUCAUUAAUGACAUUGAGAUCAAUCUACUGUUUUCAUCAGCUUUUCAGAGCAACAUGAGGUCUUUUAUCGCCUUUGGAUGGCUAUGGGUUAUUAUCGUGCCAGGAUACAGCUUAUAGCCAUCAGAGACAUCCGGAGUCACGAUAGUCAAUACAGUGACGGGAUAGUAGUUUAUUUGGAUGCUAGUACAGUUUUAUAAGUAUCCAGUUUUCAAAACUAUAACUUGCGGUAUCUUAUUGUCUAAAAACGUAUGCAAAUAAACAAUCGGUCAGUUUUAAUUCUCAUGUUCUCGAUUCCAAAGGAACAUUUCCCUAAAUGGGAGACACUGCUUCAUGACUCUCCCAGUACGCAAGUUCUCCUGGUGGUUAUUUGACUUAAAGGAAAUUAAUUUCGCAUAUUUUCGUAAAGCUAACUGAGAGGGCCAAAUAGUUCACCAUUAAUAAUAAUUUCAUUUUAAAGUCAACUCGAUUAUGGAACCGCAAAUCUCUCUUCCUUCUGGACUAGCUCCACCAAAAAUAACAUGGACCGCACAGAAAGAUUAUUUUUACCUUGGAAGUCAUUUUUUAUUCCUCACUUGGUCUUGCACUUAAAAAGAGAAAUAACAAUGUUGUAAACGAGAUGCACCAAAAUAAUACCUGUCAGUGAGACUCGUAUACUUUGCUUGAAGCGGAUGCUGCGCAAAGAUUCACAGAACAUGGACAAAGCGGCUUUAUACCCUGGGAACCGUUUCUCGAAAGUUUCGAUAAUUAACGGGCCAGAAAAGCUAUUGUGGCUUACGUUAAAGAUCGAGGUUUCAAUAGUUUUGUAAAUGAUAAGAUAAAGCUAUCACUAAAGAAAACAAAUGGACUGUUUUCGCUGCUAAGAACUGCUAUUUUGUAUUUUUAGAUCUUGAUCUGAAUAUUAGACAUUUUUGGGCCCGUAACGUUAUCGGGACUUUCGAGAAAAGGGCCCCUGAUAACAGUCGGGAAAUAAGUUUUGCAUGAAUUGUGUAUCCUAACGAACAAACUACUGAAAGUCCAACCGUUUCAUUCACCAUGAUGCGUUCACUUUUGACAGAUUUGAACACAAACCUUUUCCUCGUCCAAAACGGAAAGGUCGCACCCAUACUGAAGACGCCGAUUUUGUCAAGUAUGAUACCUCCGAUUGAGCCAUAUAUUAAGGACCUCAAGUUUAGAUUCAACGCAACUGGAUCGGUAAGAAUGAGCUUUCAUGUGGCAUACCAGGGGUAAGGAGUAAUCUUUACGGCUUGGAAUCGGACGGACGGGAAAAAGCUGUCUCCACCUUGAUUUCGCCCGCUUGUCUCUAACCGAUCACUCUUCACUGUUAGGCCUUAAGCCUCCUGAUAGCUGGAACUAUUUCUGAAUUUAGGCUAAGGGCUGAUGGAAAACAACAUUUAAUACUCAUAAAUAAUGAGCAAUUUCCGCUUGUUGCUCCGCUUUCCAUAAUUUCUCUGACUUUGAAUGAAGCUGCCAGUUGCUUUCCACAAACUCACUGGCUCAGCUGAAAAAAAUCAAAAUCAAUCAGUACUACUUAUUUGGCCAACGGAUGGUUUUCUUUUUUUAAUUACUUAGGACGACUAUUGCUUUAAAGUGCAAGGGUAAGCCGCGCUAAAAACAAAACAAAUUUUUGGGCGAUAAUUCUCACAAGAGACCGUGCCUUUGUUUUGGUGGGUUUAACCCUUUAGUUUCAUAAUGUUUGCUUUUGUAGCGGUCAACCAUAAUGUGAGUGACGUUGUAAUUACCAUGAACAUAGCUACUAGCUAUCUGUUCCUUCAAAAUAUUGUGGAAAAAUGUUACCUCUCUAUGAAAACGUAAUGAAAAGCUUCCUUCAUAACAUGCUUAACUGAAUUUAAAACCGCAUUGCUAAGCCUACCUGUGAAGCUAAAGGAUAAACAAACACCGACUGAAACAUUGUUUCCUUUUUUGUCUGUGCUGCUGCCUUAGUUUCUUUAGUUGUAAAAUUAACUUUAAACUGAAUACGUUUGUGUUUCUGCUGAGUGUCUAAUAAUAUGUUUAAGUUAGGUCACUGAAAUGUAGUGAGCAGUGGAAGCCAGGUCAGCCUGACAACUUUGCUGGUAUAUUUUGAGCUUUAUUAAGAAUAUUGACGAAUGGUCGUAAAGAUAUUUAAAAAGACUUGGUUCCAUAACGGAAACAACCCUAUAUACUAGUCAAAUUAUGUACUUAAAUUUUAAAUUAUUUUCUUAAAUGAAAUUACAUUAAAAAUGGUAUUAAUUAUAUUGAAAUUUACGACAAGAGAACUGACGAACUGGGACGCGAGUGAUUCAAAAUUGUAUUAGACACUAAAGUAAACAUCUUAGGCCCAGAGGGUGGAGACCUCAAACAAAGAAGAGUUGUAAAAUUGUCUGGAAACUGUGCGUUUUUUAAUCAUAAUAUCAGCCUGGGGCUUCAUUGUUUACUUUGGUUGCAACGGUUGGACCCCAUUCGACCAAUAGUGGAAAGAAAUUACCCGAAAAUUAAUAACAAUACAGUGUAGUAUUAAAUAGAUAAAACAAAUAGAUUCUGUUAUGAGUGACACCCCUUUUUUUGUUGGGCUGAAAAUCUGGAUCAAAAUAGGUUUCUGGGAAACUGCCCACCUACCCCUCCCCUAAGCUACCAUUUUGCCCUUAAAUAAGAAGUAAGUGUUAAUGUUAGCUUGAGGGAGGGGUAGGUGGGCAAUUUACCAGAAACCUAAAUUAAUCCGAAAAUUUUGGUUAUAAAAGUUAAUAGUUAAGGUAUCUCUCAUUCGUGAUUCAUUUUUCAGGUACGGUAUUCUCUGAGUUUCAAGUCGAGUAAUGAAACCGUCAUGAGACAUCCUACGACCAACAUUAGGCUGAAUGGACUGGUACCUAAAAGAACCAAAGGUAAGGCAAGGCCGGCAACCAAGAAAAGCAAAAGCCCUGGGAACGAGGUUGAACACAGAGACGCACUUGGUUUCGAAGCCAUCUACAGUUGUAACCUCCAGUCUAAUAGCUGCUGGAGUAGGCCAUUUCCGCGUUCUAAAAACUCUAACUUUUAAAACGACGCUAAUUGCAGAACUUUUCUUGUGAAAAUGAGUUUUAUUUGAAUGAAAGUAAAACUCAUUUUCAUAUCAAUGGCUCUGCACUUAGCCUCGCUUUGAAACAGAAAGCGUGAUGUCAAAUGCAUGCCUAACUGAAUAGUCCAGUUUCGAGUACGCUAUGACUACUGAAUAAAAGAAGUAAAGACCCAUUUUUGCAGGCUUAGCCUCCAUCUGAAGUAAAUAUAUUCACAAAUUCCAACGAGAAAAAGACCUGUUUAUAACUCCGUCUUUUGUGUAUUUUAACUGAAUUUCAAACACGUGCCGAAAUUUGUAAUUAUUUCAUGUUUUGUCGCGGCUAACCCUGCAUGAAUGUGUCGUUAAUGAUUGUAUUCAAGGGACUUGCAAAAUGUGUUCGUUACACCGGGGUUUCGUUAUCUCGAGUUCCUUUUUCAUAUAUUUUGCUUUUACUGGGGUAAAGAAAAUCGUUCGUUAUACCGAGGACGUAGUAGCCUGCGUGGCAGGCGUUUGAAAGGGAAGGUAAAGGAAGUUUUGGGAAAGGGAGUUUUAGGCGCGAGAGAAACGCGGACGUACAGGUUCGUUUUAUCGAGGUUCCACUGUAUUUUGCGCUUACGGUUCCAUUUUAUUCUCAAUUGUGUCCGUUUUUUUUCAGUUUAUUGUGGCGAUGGAAAAGUGUUUUUGCAUAGGACAGAACACUAGACCUAAGGUGAAACUUGGGCAAGGAUAGGUAGACCCACCUUGCUGUGAAAAUCAUUAAAAAAUGUUAUCGAAAUUUACGUAAGGAAUGCAAUGAUAUCGAACAUCUUGUCCCCUGAUUAAAUUUAUUCCAUAUGAUUUAAUAAUUUACCCCCGCACUAUUAACUGAAAUUGCACUUUAAUGAUCCUUCUGGAAGAAAACGUGCUCCGCGGGAUAAUGAACUCUUAUCUUUCUUGAAGACUACCAAAGACGUUUACAUCAGACAAAUCGCAUUCUUUCGAACAUUUGAUUGUCAUUAAAUUUAGUCAGAGAGCCCAGAUUUCUUAAAUGAUGUUUUUACCACGUGGAGUCUUUAGUUUUGACUUGCUAACUUUAGAAGCUGGUGAAUGGGAAAUGCUCGGGUUACAUGUAAGAUGCUAAGAUGCGUUUGGAGAGAUGUAUGUAAAGUCAUGACUGAAAAUUGUGAAAAGAAAAUUGUGGAAUCAUGAAAGUAUCGCUGCGACAUUUGAAUGGGCCAUUUUGCAGUUGUGGGCUUAGUAUCCGAGCCUUUGAGCGUAAACGUGAGGACAAGGUUGACCUUGUUGUUUCUUUUCUCGUGGAGAUUAUACUUGAAAAUUCAUAUAAUUGCGAGUUAGCAUAAGAACAAGUUAAAUGAUUGACAUAAUAAAACAGGGAGGGUAGCCUUGUUUCCACUUGUAACUGUAAAAUGGACUAUUCCUCAAAACAUCACUUUGGUAUUGACAAAACCCUUGUUUGUACUUAAAGGAGCCGUGUCACGAAUUGUCAAAAUUCUAACAGUAGGACCUGCCACCAAAUUGAGUGAAACAUAAAAAUAACUAAACAAAACAUUAAAAGGAGGUAUUAAUAACACAGCAACUACACAAGGCGGUACGGUAGCCUGCGAGCAAGUUCUCCAAGGCGCUCUAGCGGCUGGGCGGGAAAAGGAAGGAGAGCUUGCAACUCCGUCUCUGGCAUUUCAAUUCCACCUCCAAUUUCCCUGUGGCUCCCGGUCGACUGGGCCGUCAGAUUUCCGCCAAUCAGCGCGAAGCAGAAACGAGCGCGAAUGUAAACAAACAUUGAAAAACACGUCCCAACGACGUACUGUCAAACCUGCCAACAGAGCACUUGACUCCCGCCAAAUGCGGCCCUGUCGAAUUUCCCAGGGCGGCGCCAUAUAUGGCAUGGGUUUUUGAUUGGUUCCCGUCCUUGCUCCAUUAUGACUGAGUUUUUUGUUUCCUUUGGGUACUCCGGUUUUCCUUUCUCUCCCAAAACCAACAUUUCUAAAUUCCACCUCAAUCUGAAAUGGCAGAGCCACCGUGGGGUAUUUUAAUUAUCAUUUGCUUAUUUAUUCAUUUAUUAUUUAUAACAACUACUGCACGAUUUACGUACAAAAUAAUGUAAACUGAUUAUAUUUCUGUUUUUGUUUCGUCCAGGCUUUCGUGUGAAGUUUCCUUGCACGGGCCGGGUUACUGGGCAAACUCUGCUAACGAUCAAUAUCAGUUUCACUGAAGUGAACGGUGACCAGAUAUGGGGACCACUCAGUCUCGCUCUCAGGCGAUACUGCGUCUCUGGUUAGUACACAAAGCAUGGUAACUGGUAACUAAUAGUAGGCUAGGAAAAAAUCUAAUCGAGAGAACACUCUCUUUAGUACAUCUUAGAUGCUGUCGUCUAUCACUUCAAACGCAUCGUUCGAUUGUCUUAGUUGGUAAUUUUUCCUCCUUCCGCUUAACCAGUCAAGGUGAAGCAUGGCAUGUGCCCUCAGAGCGGCAUGUGCCCUCAGAGCGUCAGGGAUUUGUUCUCAGAGAAUAGCACUGGCUACAACUUCAGAGGGGCUGAUUUUCACAUACCCAGAUUUCAUUCGGUAACCUAUGGGAAACACUCAUUGAGAUGUCUAGCACCUAAAUUAUGGAAUAGCCUGCAGAACAAUGUAAGAAAUCUACCAUCGCUGCAAUCAUUUAAACGUCAGACCCGUCUUGUCAAUCUUUCGCUGAAGUUAAAGUCUGAUUGUGAGAACUGCGUAUUAUGUAGCAACUGACACACAAGCUGACUUAAUUUCUUUAUUUUAUUGAACAUUCUAUUUAAUGUGAAUGUCAUCUUAUUGUAAAUAAUCAUAUCAUUUUAUUGUAAUUUACAGUAUAAUUUUAUAGUAUAUAAUGUCCAUCUAGGCUAGUUUUAUAGUUAAUAAUGUUGAUCUAGGCUAGUUUCUUUCGGAUUGUUUAUUGUUAUUUUAGAAUUAGUUUUAUUUUAAUGUCUCCAAUUAGUAGAGGGUUUUUAUCCCCGGUUAAAUACUAUAUUGACACUUGAAUAAAGUCAUGAUGAUAAUGAUGAUGAUGAUUCAUCCGGUUUCCUCCGUUUUUUAAAAUCCUCCUGACUUUGGCCCCAAACGCUUUUGCGUUUUUACUCCGUUCUCCCUCUUGUGUGUGUGUUUUACGCCCUUAGCCUAAGCAGACAAAACUUAACACCUGGCCAUUACGUCCUAAUCCCACGCUCUUUCUCUCUUUCAGACAAUGAAGCUUGGAUCGACAAUACUCGCUUCAAUUCAUCAGAAUCUGAAGACACUUCUCCACUUCCUCCCCCUCAAGUCUGUAAUAAAAAGUGCCACAAGAGACAUAUGAUGAGGCGGUUCUGUUUAAGUGAUUUUGGUUGGUAACGCCAUUUCUCGAACGCUUUAAUCAAUAAUAAAUAUUAUAGUAGGAAAGAUUAAGGAACCAUGUACUGCCACAUAUCUCCCCGUGUAAGGGAAACCAAGACAGUCUUGGAUUCUGGAUUUCGGAUUCCGGAUUCUUUUUCUGUGGAACUUAGAUUCCAGAUUUCAAUCACUAGUGGGAUUCUGGAUUCUGGGAGCAGUUUCCGGAUUCCAAAGCCCAGGAUUCCGGAUUCCACAAGAAAAAUCAGCCGGAUUCCGAAAAACAUGUGGCGAGACAUGUUAGCAUGAGUAUUAGGUUAACACGCUGGGGGAAAAGGGAAAGAGAGACGCGAACAGGGGAGACAGCGCAGGGAGAGAAACGUCCUCUCCCCUACAAAAUCUCCUCUCCCCUAACCUCUUACGAGGGCCUGAUACUCGGGCUAGUGACAUGUUAGGAUAUCUUACAAUUUUUUGCAUCUCUUGUCUUUAUUUAUCCAUUGAAUGAUUGAUUGAUUGAUAGCGGAGCACCAUGGGUAAGAAAAUUUGGUUAUCCAUGCAUCCGAGAAAUUUUGGUAGUCACGUGACCGUCCGUCUGCACCACAGAGUAACCAACGUAAAAUGAUCUUUUUCAGUUUUUGUAGCACCCUAAUGAUAGACGUCUUUGUUAAGGUCAAUUAACAGCUGUCAGAAAAGGGUAUCCACUGACCAGUAUAACCGUACCGCGAGCUCAGGUUUUAACCUAUCGAGGUCAUGUGUUAUUAAAGGUUUUCCGCUGAUCAGUUAUUAGCUUUUAAUUGAUCGCAGGCUCAAGUUCACUUUUUUCCAGCAGCAAUUGUUUCUUGUCUAUUGUGCCCGUCGUCCCGAAUUCAAUUCUUCGGCCAUACUUGUAAAUUUUCGAUUGGUACUUUGCCUCCCAUCAAUUGUGAUUUCCAACUCUCGUGGUUCGUUCCUACUUUUCUUCCCUCAUUCAAAUAUUUCUCUAUUCAUUAUCGUCCUUCCACGCCUUCAUGUAACUGACAAAUAAAAUAUUUUAUUCAGAAAGUUCAAUACCAAGAUUACAGAUCAUGUCGUUAUUCUUUUACAUCAACAGUCAUCAAGGCCCGGAUGGAGAAUGAAAUUAUGAGAAAUGGCCUGCACGGUUUGCGAGUUCGAGUCUUGCGUACGUAUAAAGAAGGAAAAGUUCAGGUAAACAGAAGACAGCUACUGGAGAAAAGGGGCCAAGAAAUCACUUGCAGCUGUAGUAAUCUGAAGCCAAACAAAGUGUAUGUUAUCCUUGGCAAAGAGGAUAAGAGGAAAAGAGUUCUUUACAUUGACAACUUUUCAACUGCUCUUGAGUGGUCAAAGAAUGGGAAAGCCCACCUUCGAGCUUACAGGAAGAAAUCCUCUUGCCCAGUGAGAAGGUCAUAA